AUGAUGGCCCUUCCGGCGAAACGGUCAUCUUCAGCUGGUGCUUCGUCCUCUCUUCCUAGAACUCGCAGGUCGCGGCAUGUUGUCUUCUUUGCCGGUCUUCCUCAAUAUGUUGAUUACGGUGACUGUACGUGUGUUUGCGAAUUUUGUGGCGCCUAUUUUUGGUAUGUUGAAAGGGCGCUCAGACUUUCUAUGCCUGGCCAUCCGAAGUACUAUCAUUGUUGUCGGGAUGGUGAUGUGGUUCUUCCGUAUCCUUCGAGGUUUCAUCCCGAAUUUCUUGAUUUGUAUCAAAAUCCUACAUUUUUUAAAGACAUUAGGGCAUAUAAUAGCAUGUUCUAUAUGACUUCCUUUGGGGUGAAUGUGGAUGAGUCUGUCAAUGACAAUCGGGGCCCUUAUGUUUUCAAGAUAUGUGGUCAGAUUUGUUAUAGGAUAGGAUCAUUAUCUCCGGAUCCUACGAAGGGCCCUAGAUUUCUUCAGCUCUAUCUUUUUGACACAGAGAAUGAGGUUCAAAAUAAAUUCAGGGCUUUUGUUGGUCUAAGAGGAACCGAUUUGGAUCCUAAUAUCGUGCAAUAUCUGGUUACCUUUUUAGGGGCUAACAACGAGUACGUCAAAACCUUUAAAACAGCAAAAGUCAUGGCUGAGGAAAAUAAUUUACAAAAUUAUAGUGCCCGGCUGUUUAACAACGUUGUUGACCGUAGAUAUGAAUUGCCCUCCCCUGGAUCCUUGGGAUGUAUAGUAAGUGGUGAUGACACUACCAGUAUCACAUAUGACAUCGUUGUCUUUUCACAUUCGGGUCGGCCUCAACGUAUUAGCAAAUUGCAUCCCUCUUAUAUGCCUUUACAAUAUCCACUUUUGUUUCCUUACGGUGAGGAAGGGUGGUCACCCCGUUUGAAGAUGCGUAAUCAGAGAGGAGUUAAUGCAAAAAAUCUCACUAUCAAUAUGUAUUACGCGUACUAUAUACAUGUUGGAUUAGUGUCUAAGUCCAUAACUAUUUUGGUAUGUACUUGA